GGCACCGGACGUGCCAGACGCCUCCAGGAGCACGACAGCAGCUACGCCGACAGCUCGGUAAAACUAAUGAGACUGACCAGGGGUACGUCCAUCUCUUUACCGUCCUCACCUCUUCUCCCUCGCCAGACCGACAUGGCCUCCUCCCAAUCCUGCAUUAAGUUCCAAGGACGGGUAAAGAAGCUUGAGUAUGAGGAGGGCUCUUCCAGUGCGAGGGAACCUCUUGUCUUUGCCUCGUGCCGUGGCAAGACAGACCACAGAGACCUCCACGUGGAGCCCCAGCUGGGCUCCUCCCUUUCUACCCAGGAACUGAUGACCAGACUAUGCUUCUUAUUGGGAGAAGCAACGCCUGGACCUGCUAGCUCUCCUAUGGAGGACAGGAGGGAAAAGAAGUGUGACACCUCUGCCCAGGGGGGGAGUCCCAGCUCCACUCUGACCUGCAGCACCGCCUCCCCCUGUUCAGAGAGCCCCUCUUCUACUUUGAGCACCAGUGCUGGAGGCCCACAUCCGCCCCAGCCUUUACCCCUACCCUCACCCCAGUGCAGCUCCAGCACCAGCCCCAGUGGAACUCUCUCCAGCCCCGUACCCAGCCCUGCCCCCGGUUCUGCCCCAGGACCCUUCCCCGAGAGCAGCCCUGGGCCCCUCUCUCAAAGCCCCACCUCCACCCUGGAGAGCAAGGACAGUGGAAUCAUAGCAACCAUCACAAGUUCCUCUGAGAAUGAGGAGCGCAGCGCCUCCAGUGAGUUCCUGACGAAGGACGAAGGCCCGGUGGGCGGUGCUGGUGUAAUGGGCCAUGACAGCGAGGACCGCCAUGUUGGGCCGAUGAAGGACAAUCUGACCGCCCACCCAGAUGAGGCCUUACCUCGGACCGACAUCAUGGAGCCCAGGACGCCACCAGCUCCAAAAAGGCCCCUCCCACAGCACCACGUGCACAGCACUUCCUCCCUCGUGAUGCCUCGGCCAAAUUCUGUGGCAGCAACCAGCUCCACUCGACUGGAGGAUUUGAGUUUUCUGGACCAUCAAAGAGCCACUGGACACAGAGGCUCCGUUCGCAAACACUGCACCGCUGGACGCACAAGUGAUGACUCCAAAGGGAGGUUGGUGGCCUUCAGACAAGCCGACAUCAUGCUGAAGCCGCUACUGUUUGAAGUCCCCGGCAUCACCCCGGAAACGGCGUUCGUUGGACGGGAUUGGCUGUUCACGCGUCUGGAGGAGGUCCUGAGGAAGACGAGCAGCUGUGAGGGACGCGGUGCUGUCAUCGUGGGCAACGCAGGAUCCGGCAAGACCGCCAUCAUCUGGCGGCUGGUGACGCUCAGCUGUCACGGCAUGCGGACGCCACAGGGGGGUCCCAGCAUCCUUCACAGCCCCAGCUCCUCCCCUAAAUGUGGGGAUAAGUCUGGUAAAGCAGGCUCCAAACAGCCAGCAGAAUCCCAGCCCAACCUGAGUGCUGCUGCAGGAGCAAGCGAUAGUGCAGUACAGAGGAAGGAGGCUGUCAGAAGCAUCGCUGCCAAGGUGGUCGCCUACCACUUCUGUCAGGCCGACAACACCUACACCUGCCUGGUACCUGAGUUUGUGCACAGCGUUGCCGCCCUGCUGGCCAGAGCACCACAACUUAGCCCAUACAGGGAGCUGCUGGUUCAAGAGCCUCAUCUACAAAACACACUCAGCCUGCGAUCCUGCGUCCAAGACCCCAUUGCUGCCUUCCGAAAGGGAGUCCUGGAGCCGAUAGCCAGCCUGCGCAAGGAGCGGAGGCUGCCUGAAGAAGACUACAUCAUAUUGGUCGACAGCCUUAAUGAGGCAGAGUUCCAUAAACCAGACUAUGGGGACACCAUCGCCACGUUCAUCACCAAAAUCAUCUCCAAGUUUCCACACUGGCUCAAAUUGGUGGUCACAGUCCGGACAGGCCUCGUGGAAAUCACCACCCUCCUUCCCUUCUCUGGCAUCUCUCUGGACAUCCUGCCCGACAGCAGUGACCUGGGAGCGGACCUCAGCGACUACAUCCAUCACCGGGUCAGCAGCAGCACCCAGGUCGCCUCCAACGUCACCACGCCAACAGGCUCUGCCCCCGAUCCGCUGAUCCUCAGCAAGUUCAGCAGCCACCUGUCAACACGGAGCCACGGCUCCAUCCUUUAUCUUCAGCUGACCUUGGACCUGUUCCACAAAAGUCACCUGGCUCUGAAAGGAGGAAACUACCUGGUGGUGCCUGUCUCCCUGUCAGAGGUGUACCUGCUGAUGUGUCGUGUGAGCUUUCCGGAUAAAGAGCUCUUUGAACGGAUUCUCCCGGUGCUAAAUGUGGCGCUGGCUUCUCUGCACCCACUGACUGAUGAGCAAAUGUUCAGGGCACUGAAUGCAGGCUGUGUGAGGGGGGGGCUGGAGUGGAAGGACUUCCAGCAGAGAUUAGACAGCCUGGCUGGAUUCAUGGUCCGACGCAGGGAUGGCACACGGAUGCUGUGUCAUCCCUCCUUCAGAGAGUGGCUGGUUUGGAGAGCAGACGGAGAGAGCACGGACUUUCUUUGUGAGCCAAGGAGUGGCCACGCCCUCCUGGCCUUCAUGUUCUCCAGACAGGAGGGCAAACUGAACCGGCAGCAGACCAUGGAACUGGGACACCACAUCCUCAAGGCUCACAUAUUCAAG